GAUCAUGGCCUACUUGAUCAUCCCAACGAGAGAAGGAGGAAUAGGCUCGGCUACCAUCGAUCAACGGUCGCAUGUGGUAAGUGGUAUCGCGCCAAGUAGUGGCCAGCUCAAGGGAAGGUUCGUAUGAGUGUUAAAGUGCAAUUCGGUAUAGGACAUUGCCGGAAAAGGAAGAUCAGGUGUAAAAAGCCUGAGGUAAAAGAUCUCCUAAACCGAUGUGAGAGUUGCAUCAAUCUCAAAAAGGACUGCGUAUAUACUGCAGUAAAUCCACAACCACAACCACAUACGAUGACACAUCGGCCAAGAAGAGUUUCAAUUGGAUCUAACCCUGCGUCACCCACCACAUCUCCCGCAACGGCAAUAGGUCAUAUCGUGGAAGGGCAAUCGAAUCCGGCCUACCACCAGCUUACAGCAAUACCAUCGGUGCCAAAUAUAGGACAACACCCAGUAGAAACUGGUGAAGAUGAGACUUAUUCUGUUGGGAAAGUUCCAUCGACUACACCUAGCAGUCGGUCCUUUAGCUAUGGGCAAGUGGCAAGUGGUUGGAUGUCGACUGAUGCGGAUGCCGGCGCCGAGACGACGUCGGGGGCCACGAACACCCCUUGGACGAGUUUUCCCCACGGUGUGCCCGAGACUACGGGAUUCUCCCAAUAUACCUCCCACGCAACGACUCCAUCACUAUCGACAUGGCCGGCCAAUUCACUCGGGAUAAAUAGAAUGAAUACCGAUGACACAUGGCAUCCGUAUCCAUCGGGCGCGAGAUCGAUGUCAUUCAACAGCCACCAAUCCGAACAAUUUGAUUCUUCGUCGACAAGACCAUACGAUCGGGUGCAAUCACCGAUCGCGACCAACAUCAUGCCAGAAGCGAGCUUAGCCGCUCAGGGGUCUCUUUCAGCUGGUGCCACGCCGCAUCUAGCAUACGAUGUAUGGCAGCAGCAAUACGAAUACUCUAGACCCAACGAAGACUAUGAUGGAUGGUAUGAGAACCGUGACCAUCCCGCCGGGGCACAUGUCUCGUCUAGCGAAGACCCCUCUCAAAUCGGAGGCGUCUACUACAGCCAACGAUGACUAGAACUCGAUCGGGGCAUGGUGCGGAGUGUCAGACCACUCGCAAUCUUUUGGCCGCGUAUUUCCCACCGCAGCAUUGCAUUCU